CUGGUUGUCAGUGAGAAAAAUGGGAUAUGGAGAAUAACAAAUCUAAAUCUGGAUCACAACCACUUGUUAAGUCCAAGCUCAGAAACAAGAUUCUUUAGGUCGCACAAGUAUAUGUCUCUAGAAGAAAAAGCAAUGAUAAGAACGCUUAAAAAGGUAAACAUCCCAACUAGAAGCAUGAUAGCAAUUUUGUCAUACAUCAGAGGAGGGAGAUCUGCUCUGACAUACGACACAAAGGAUGUUGCAAAUUAUAGCUUCAAGAUAGGCAGAGAAAGAACGAUGAAUGACAUGACACAGAUGCUUGAAUUUUUCAGUGAGAAGCAAUCUGAAAAUCCUGGAUUCUACUAUGCUAUAGACAUGGAUAUGAACACAAACAAGGUGAAAAAUAUAUUUUGGGCAGAUGCAAAAGCAAGAGAAUACUAUGCAAGGUAUGGGGAUUGUAUCAGCUUCGAUACAACAUUCCUAACAAACAAGUACAACCUACCAUUUGCCCCAUUUGUAGGAGUGUCAGCUCAUGGCAACACUUAUCUAUUUGCUUGCGCAUUCCUGGGUGAUGAAACUGCUUCAACUUUCAGUUGGGUGUUCAAACAAUUCAUUAAAGCAAUGAAUGGCAAACAUCCUCAGACAAUAGUCACAGAUCAAGAUGGAGCAAUGAAGAAAGCAAUAAAAGAAAUAUUCCCCAACACAAAGCACAGGAACUGCUACUUCCACAUCAAAAAAAAGAUGGGAGAGAAAUGUGGGAGAUGUUUUGAAGCAAAUAAAGGUUUGUACUGGGAGAUUGAGGACAUAUUGGACAACUCACUGACAAGACAAGAAUUUGAAGAUUUGUGGACAAAAAUGAUAAACAAGUACAACCUACAAAACAUCAAAUACUUGCAAGAAAUGUGGAAAACAAAAGAGAGAUUUGUUCCAGUGUAUUUCAAGAAUGAUUUCUUCCCAUUCAUUCAGAGCACAGCAAGGAGCGAGGGCACAAAUGGAGUUUUCAAAAAAGGUGUUGGACCUCAAUUCAGUGUCAGUAGCUUCUUGAUAGAAUACCAAAGAAUAACUGACACAAUCCAUAACAGAGAAGAUAGGUUUGACUAUGAGACAAGAAAUAGAAAAAGGAAAAUGUUGUGGUCAAGUUACACAAUUGAAGAUCAGGCACAUGAUUUGUAUAACAGGUCAAUAUUUGUGAAAUUUCAGCAUAAAUUAAAGGAAACUACAGCACUACAAGUAGACCCGAUUGAGGAGAACAAGAUGUAUGAAGUUUACACAGAUAAGAAUCAACCAUUACAGCCCUAUAGGCUGAGGAAGUACAUGGUACUGGUGAACAUACCUGAAGAAGAGUACAGUUGUGUGUGUGGGAUGUUCCAAAAAGAUGGAAUCCUUUGCUCUCACAUCCUAAAGGUGAUGUUGGACAUGAAAAUCAAUAAAAUACCAGAUAAGUACAUAAUUGAAAGAUGGAGGAAGAAUGAGAAAAAGAUGAUCAAAGAUAUACCUGUCAUUGAGCCGGCAGAAAACAGUACACUCAGGUUCAACAUCUUGUCAAGAAUGUUUGUUACUAUGGCAUCAAAUGGGUCAAAAACAAAAAGGAAAUAUGAGUACCUCCUGGAAUCAAUGAAAACAGUGCAAGAAGGAAUGCAUGCAUUGGAUGAAGAGGAAGAUGUAGAGGCCUCAAAUGGGUUAAGUCAUGCUCAAAGCAACAGCACAAGAACAAUGAUUAAUGGUGUCAUAGAUGGAGCAGAAUGCAGCUCAGAAAUUCAACUAGAAAAUCCAGACAAGAUUAAACCGAAGGGGAGACCACAUAAACAAAGGAUACCGACUAUUGUGGAGGGCAUCAAGAUGAAUAAUAAGAAAGGCGUCAUCAAGAGAAAGAACGGUUGUAGUCACUGCAGAUCAAAAGAACAUAAUAGGCAAAACUGUCCCAAUAAGCACAUUCACUAUGAUUUGCCUAAGAAAAAGAGGCAAAAGAAGACAACAGGAGAACAAGGAGGAAAAAAAUCAGAGAAUGAUUGCCCAAGGCUUCAAGUGCAAGGACAAGUAAUUCAGAACAUGUAGAACCAGAAAAUUGGAGAUCAAACAAAAGCUGUGGAAAGAAAAGCAGAAGAUACAUUGAGGAAGACCUGAAGCAUUUAUAUUGUAUACUAAGAAAUUUAGAAGUCAAUAUGCUGAACAAACAAUAUUGUCUGUAAUGUUGGUGUAUACCCAGAACAUGUAG